UCGGCUUGUGUUGUCUCGGCGGCUACUUGGUCUGGGGGAAAAGGAUCUCGCGAGUGUUGGAGUUUUGGUGAGAGUUUGUGGAAGAUGGCGCCUGUUGUGACAGGGAAGUUUGGGGAGCGCCCUCAACCACAGCGCCUGACGAGAGAAGCGAUGCGGAAUUAUCUGAAGGAGCGAGGAGACCAAACUGUUCUGAUCCUACAUGCUAAAGUUGCACAGAAGUCAUACGGCAAUGAAAAAAGAUUCUUUUGCCCUCCCCCGUGUGUUUAUCUGAUGGGCUGUGGUUGGAAGAAGAAGAGAGAACAGAUGGAGAGAGAUGGCUGCUCAGAGCAGGAGUCCCAGCCAUGCGCCUUCAUUGGCAUUGGAAACAGUGACCAAGAGAUGCAGCAACUCAAUCUAGAGGGCAAGAACUACUGCACGGCCAAAACUUUGUACAUAUCGGACUCAGACAAGCGCAAGCACUUCAUGCUGUCGGUACGCAUGCUGUACGGAAACAGCGCCAACAUCGGAGUCUUCCUGAGCAAGCGCAUCAAGGUCAUCUCCAAGCCCUCCAAAAAGAAGCAGUCCCUCAAGAACGCUGACCUAUGUAUAGCGUCAGGAACUAAAGUGGCACUGUUUAACAGACUGCGCUCCCAGACGGUCAGUACACGCUACCUACACGUGGAGGGAGGGAACUUUCAUGCCAGCUCGCAACAGUGGGGGGCCUUCUAUAUUCACCUCUUGGAUGAUGAGGAGUCUGAGGGAGAAGAGUUCACUGUGCGGGAUGGUUACAUUCAUUAUGGCCAAACGGUCAAACUUGUCUGCUCAGUCACAGGAAUGGCCUUGCCUCGACUGAUCAUCCGUAAGGUAGACAAACAGACUGCCUUGCUGGAUGCAGAUGACCCCGUGUCUCAGCUGCAUAAGUGUGCCUUCUACCUAAAAGACACGGAGAGGAUGUACCUGUGCCUUUCCCAAGAGAGGAUCAUCCAAUUUCAAGCCACUCCAUGCCCAAAGGAACCAAAUAAAGAGAUGAUCAACGAUGGCGCCUCUUGGACCAUCAUCAGCACAGAUAAAGCAGAAUACACCUUCUAUGAGGGAAUGGGUCCUGUCCACUCCUCUGUCACACCUGUGCCUGUGGUUGAGAGCUUACAGCUCAAUGGUGGAGGAGAUGUAGCGAUGCUGGAAUUAACGGGGCAGAACUUUGCUCCAAACCUACGCGUUUGGUUUGGGGAUGUGGAAGCUGAGACUAUGUACAGGUGUGGCGAGAGCAUGCUCUGCGUGGUCCCGGACAUUUCGGCGUUCCGCGAGGGCUGGCGAUGGGUGCGGCAGCCUGUGCAGGUACCCGUGACGCUGGUGCGCAACGAUGGCAUUAUCUACUCCACCACGCUGACGUUCACGUACACGCCAGAGCCCGGCCCGCGGCCACACUGCAGCGCCGCGGGAGCCAUCCUGAGGACGGGCGCUGCCAGCCUGCUGGCAGGCACCGCAGGGGGCGGGACUGGCGACGGGUCCGCGUACGUGGGCGGGGGCGGGCCCAACCCCGUCACGCCCUCGUCUUCCAACGUCACGGCCGCCGUGGUGUCCUAACGGCCACGGGAGCACUUGAGGACCCGCGACAAACCGCUGCCGCCGCCAAUGACCGUACAUGUACGUUUCAAAAGGAAAGUGCUGCAUAUUGAUUUUGAAAACCGAGAACCUUCAGUAAAGAGAAGACGAAAGCGUGGAAUACAAAGAUUGAAAUGACUGGGGGUAGCAGGGGGUGGAGUGGGGGAUAUAGGGAAGUGUCUGGGGAGGUUCCCCCCACUCUCCCAUGAGGCACAUGCCUGUGUGGGGCUCGUGAUGGACUGAGCCAAAAAGACACUGAGCGCCCGUACCAAGGAGAUUGGAUCACGGCAGUGAAGCACCUGACACACACCAAAACACGUUUCAAGACAGUACCCAGUACCCUGCCAAUCCCCCCCCCCCACCCUAUUUUUUAAUUUUGACCUUUUUCUCUCUGUCCUAGUUUGUACGUUUGUGUUUAAAGAGUGAGGUGCCUGUGCAGAGGAAUGGACUCAUGAAAGGAGGGUUGUGGUCAAAUUGUAAGAGGAAGAAAUAGUUCUUAUGGACCAAUGUUAUAGUUAUGUUAUAGACAUAUAGUUCUUAUGGACCAAUGUUAUUGUAUAAGCUUUAGUAAUGGUACAUUUUCUCCAUAUCUCUUUGUUUUUGUUUUGUUUUAAUGAAAACAUAUAGUACACUUUUGUUACCAAAUAGAUUCUGUUCCUACUUUUCCUACUCUGAGGAUUUACACUUUUUAUUGUUACUUUAUUUUAUUUUGUUUUUAUUUUUUAGGGUUUGGGGCAUGGCAGGGUAUUACGGUCCCUACGUGGCUUCUGUAUAUUGCUUCUUUCAUUUCUAUACGUAUAUUCUAUAUACGUAAUGAUAUUCUUUUCACCUGUUUGCUUGGACUUAAUUUUUUAUACUCCUCAAUUUUUAAAAAGGGACUUUUUUUCCUUUCUUUUUUUAAUCUAAAGUUGUUUUCAAUUUGCUUUGGGAAGCAACUCAGAGGGUCUAUUUUUCUUAUUGAUUUUUUCUAAGUCUUUGAAAAGAAAAAAAGCUUUAAGUAUUUCCUCUUCCUUGCCUGCAAUACGGAGUGAAUAUGCUUCCUUUCAGAAUUUUCAGUAAUGUGCGUGUUGGCAUGAGAGGAGGAUCAGCGACAUCUCUCUGCCUUCAGAACAAUGAAACCAGAAACCAUCACUCGCAAUACAGAGGCCUAUCUAAGGUUUGGAGCCCAUGCGUCUGCUUGGUGAAUCUAAGCAGUAGCCAUAGAGUAGUGUACAUUUCCAGCACACUCCGAGUGUGUGUCACUUGUCCAUGAUCUGACACGGCCCUCUUACUUCUGUGUGUCAUAAGUGUCUGGAUUGGACAGAUCAUUUAAAAAAUUUGUUUCCUUCAGGUUUUGAAAUUUUCUAAAACGUUUUUAAAUCCCUUUUGCGUCUUCCUACACUUUAAUUUCAGUUCUCAGAAUGUUGACUUUUUGUUUCAAAGCAUUUUUCUUAUGUAAGUCCUGUCCUUCCAUUAGACGUGGCCUUACCGGAUCGGCAUAGUUAGAGUGGAGUUCACACCUCACCGCUGUGGCCUGUGAACUGGAAGCAGCUCGGUCCCAUCCCCCAACACAGCUGUUUAACAUUCAGGCUUGACGUCCUUAACCUCUGUAUGUUGUCAAACUUUAGAUGAUCAAAACAUUUUGCUUUCAUUCGAACGUACCCAAAGAUCUUGUGAUGCGUAGUUGUUUCUGUAAUUGUUGAAGUGUGUCUUGGCAGCUGUGGCCUCUUGUACACCAAAAGUAGACAGCUUUACUACACCAGUUAUUGAUUUGUUUCUUGUGGCCUUGUUAACCCAGUAAUGUAUAUCAAGGUUGUUAAUGACAGUUAAGAGUAACUAACAAAUCAAUCUGCUCUAGGAGUUUUGUAUAACAUUUUGUCUUUCCAUUGUACAGUAAUUUAACUUGUGAGGACCAUCACAAUACUACCUUUUGUUAAAAUCUUUUUUGUUUCAUUGCACCUGCAUCUAAGUCUCGUAGCCUAGUAACUUCCUGUGGUGUUUUGUGUCCAAGCAGUUUGAUGUGUGAUGUCCACAUCUGUUACUUUCUUUCAUUGUCCUCUUAGAAAGCGGACAAGAGACUAGAGAAGUGUCCAGUGGAAGUCAGUACCCUGCAGCUAUGUGUUUAGUCUUUCAAAGAUAUAUGCAUACAGCAAUAUUGUGUAGGUGAAGUGGUGCGUCUUGGUAUGUGGGAAUAACCACUGGGAAUAACCACUGGGAAUAACCAAUUUCACCAGCCUGAUCCACUUCUGUGGCUUUGAUGAUUAGCACACUCACCUUGAGACCAAUUCCCUUUCCUUUGCACUCAUUAUAUCACCUUAGAAAAAUGAGCAUUUUUUUUUAAACAUUCAGUCUAACUCUAACUUUAACUUUAAUUACACUGGCCAAAUAGGAUGCAAGAACCAGGAGUCAGUAGAAAACCUUAAUGUAACUCCAGCUGCUCUAUUCACAUAGUUUGUAAACAAAUGAAUUAAAAAUCCACUCAUUGGGCAUCUAAGGAAUUAUUUAACAGAAUCGAUGUAUAUGUAAUGUUAAGACAGCAUAAACAAAUGGUUUUCUUUAGUCAUCAAGUUUAGGUGGAGUUUACAGUCUUCCUUACUAUACAGAGCUCUUGGUAAUGGUAGUAAAUGUAGUGAACAACUAAACAAGGCAAUAUUUUUUUAAGAAUAAGUGUCAUUUAUGGGCAGAACUGUAAUUUGAAUAUCCAAAGUAAUAACAUUUAGUACCCCCAGGGAGUUUAUUUUGCCUUUUGAAGCUCCAUUUAGGAAUUGUCCUAAGUACCAUCACGCUAGGGUUUGCAACGGCUGUGACAGUACUAAACAAUAGCAGCAGCAAGGUAACUGCACGUAAGCCCUUGGAACAAAAAACAUAUGAAUAAUUUCCAUUUUUUGUGUAAUCUUAUUUCCAUUUUUUAUUUUGUACAUUAUAAAAUUACUUUAUAAUGCUAAAUAUGAUUUAUUUAGACUUGCCUUACUUCAGUCAUGUAGUCAUUUAAAAAUAAAACUUGCAAUAAUGCUUUAUAUUAUUGUUUUUAUUUUGUAGAAUGCUGAAAAACAUUCGAACAUUUAAAUGAUCUUGUAUGGUUCUUUGGUUGCAAGGGCUCACGUGCGAACCAUCCACAGUAUUUACAUUUACCAUGUUACAUGUCAAAUUCAGCGUUUAUCCUACAUGAUGGUGGAGAUGUUUGGACUAUUCUUGACUGGAUCCGGAAAUGGGCUUUUAAAAAAUAUAUCUCUGUCCUAAAUCUUUAGCAUUUUGUUGGCUACUGAUGUAAAAGUUGGCUUUAAUGCGUAAUAAUUUAAAAAUAUUGAUGAAACUGUCUCCCUGUUUAAUGUGCUGUCAGCAUUGACUAAAUUAAGUGCUUUAAGGCCAGGUUGCCUUCAUGUGGAAAAAUUGUACCCCCCUCCAAGUAUAUGAUUUUUUUUUUCCUUGGGAAAUUAUCAUUUUAAUUUUUUUGCCAUUUACUCUCUUUGUUCUAUAGUGUUUGAAAGCUUUCCGAACUGUUCAGCCUGUGUAAAAUGCUGUUUCGUAGUCCCAUCUUAUGACAUGAUGCAGUGGCUCAACUCUGCUUUUGUUUUAUGUUGAAUCACAUUGGUUGUUUGAAACCAUGUGACAAGAUUCAUUGUAUUGUUUUCCAAACAAGCCUAUGUGACAAUCCUAGCUGGGUUUUACUGUUUACAUUGACUUCUCCUUUUUAUGUUUUUGGUGUAGAGCUUUAGAAUGAAGGACUUGACUAGAACAAUUUCAACUUUUAAAACUGACCUAGGUCAAUUGUAAUUACAUUGAUUGCAAGACUGAAUAACACAUGAUUUGACAAAACACACACAAUAUAUUUGUCAUAUCCAGUCAGUAACGUCUUGGUAUAUCUCAGAGUUCAGGUGUGUAGAAUAUGUAUGGACAUUACAUUCUUUAGCUGGAGGCAUGUACCGUAGCAGCCAUCAGAUGUUACAGAUGUUUCUCACCCGUAAUUCCAUAUUCACAGUAAGAACUCUGACCGAACAUGAAAUCACCAUUUACAUUUCUGUUCUCUGUUUCUAUAUAACUGUUUUCACUUCCAAUGGUUACAUGUUCAUGUGUCAGCCGGUUUCUUUGUCUCUUCCAAAAGCAGCUGUUUUUAUGAGCUCUGAUCAAUGUGUGUGAGUGUGAGUGUGUGUGUGUGUGUGUGCGCGCGUGCGCGUGUGUUCUCUAAUAUGCCAAAUGACUUUUUACCUUUUCGUGCACUGCUUAAAAAGUGUGGCACCAGAGGCAGCUUUUACAUUUUUUUCAUUGUGUUAGAACAGAGGUUGAAAAAGCAAAUUUAGCUUCUUUGUGGCAGAAAACCUUACAAAUUCAAGACUAGACAAAGUGCUACAGAAAAUACAAAGCUGUCUCUCUCUUUUUCUCUCUCUCUCAUCUCUCUUUCUCUUUCUCUCUCUCUUCCUAUUGGCUGCACCUAUUUCUGCUUCAUUAGUUUGUGGUUUUUCUCUGUGAUGCGUUGCACUUACUCAGUCUUCUUGUCUCAUGUACUUGGAGAGAAUCUACAUUCGUCUUGUUACGUUGCUUACAUACAGCCCUCUUCUCUCUUUCUCUCUGUCUUAUUUUCUAUCAGUGUAUUGUUCUAGUGAUAAGAAGAGGUAUGGUAGUGGUAUCAGCCCUGACAGUAGGAUCCUGUGCCGUCUGUGAUAUUUUAGCAAUAACGUGAACCAAGGGGACAGUUUUAUAUAUAACAUUAGUUUGUUUCUGUUGUCUGUUUUGUACAUAUUGCACCUGCUCAGUUCCAUAUGUCAUUAAAAGGAAAAAAAAACUUGCAAUAUUGGCAUAAAAAUCAAGAAAUAAAAAUGUGAGAAAUUCUGA